AUGAUUCAGCUUCUCCUCUUGAUUUUCAUUCUUAUUUCAGUAGCAGCGCCCACCGUCCCAAUCCAAUGCUGGAAUUGUGUGGGCGACGAUUGUGAUUCGUACCGCGCGUCGUCGAACAACUGGGAGUUGGUGACGUGUCCGGUGGGAAGUGUUUGUCAGAAGACUAACUUCAUGUUCUACAGUAACCAGAAGAACAAGUCGAUCGAUAUCAGUACGGUUAGGAGUUGUUCUUAUGAGACAGGCUGCACUUGGGAUCGAAGCAAAAGUUGCCAGAAAAACCCGGUGGAAUAUUCUGGAAGGGGAUGUAUCGACCGUUAUUGUUGCGGCAAGGAUCAAUGUAACGGGAGCAAUGCGCUAUCAGUUUUUCUUGUCAUUUGGAUGAUUUUUUUGAUGAACUCCAUGUUUUAA